AUGUAUGAGCUUCACGUGCCUCAUCAGGGCCGUAAGCUGAACAUCACUGGAUAUAAAAGAAAAACCAUCGACCAAGGUCAGUCAUCUUGUGAUGAUUCUUUCUUUCUGCAACCAAAAGUACCAGCCUCAGGAAUAAGUUUUCAGCAUAAAGUAAGGAUCUCAUCUGUUAGCACUUCAAAUGGAACAAAAACUUCAAAAAGUACAGUUACACCAAAUGUUCCAACAUCAUCUACGACUGGAUUGUCUUCAUAUUCCAAAUCGUCUGCUACCCCUCAGAUAGGGAGUUUAAAAAUAGCUGCUGUUGUAGAAGGCAGAGGAAAUGCAAGGGGAGAGAUUGGAAUGGCUUACAUUGAUUUAAGAAACCCAGUUUUAGUACUCUCUCAGUUUGCAGAUACUCAAGCAUAUAUUCAUCUUGCUGUUCAACUAAACAUAUUGCAACCUAUUGAAGUAAUUAUGCCAGGCACUGUGGAGUUCAGUACAAAAUCAAAACUUAUUUGUAGAAUGCAAGAGCUAUUUCCUGACAUACUUACCGUUACAGUCCUAAGGAAAUAUUUCAAUGAAACUAAAGGUUUACAGUGCAUUCAAGAACUGUGUGCAGCAGAUUAUAAAACUGUAGAAAUUGAAGUUGCCAAAAAAUACUAUUGUCUUUCUGCUUGUGCUGCUCUCAUAAAAUAUGUGGAAUAUAAACAAAACAUGUCAUAUGCCCAUCAUUCUCUGAGAGUUAUUUACUGUACCAGUGCAAAUACAACUCUGAUAAAUACUGCUACAGCCUGCCACUUGGAAUUGGUUACGAAUGAAUUGGGAAAAAUUGAUCAUACCUUGUAUGGCAUAUUGAACCACACACAAACACCUGGUGGGAAUAGACUUCUGCGAGCAAACAUUUUACAACCACCCUGUGAUCUCAAUACAAUCAACACUCGUUUGGAUUGCAUAGCUGAACUUAUCAGUGAUGAGCAUCUAUUUUAUGAUUUAAAGGCUGUUAUUGCUAAAUUUGUGGAUACAGAACAAUUACUUUCACUGUGUGUUCAGAUUCCCAAAGAGAAAAAUCUUCGAAAUUGUGAACAAAAAAUAACAAAUAUUAUAUGUUUGAAGCAUGCUCUUGACUUAGUGAAACCACUGCAUUCUGUUUUAGCCACAAGCAAAAAUGAACUCUUUCAAACCUAUUUUAAGGCUUUGUCAGAUGAGCAAUUUUUGGAACUUCAGGAGAAAAUAAACGUUGUAAUUCAUAGUGAUACUAGAUGGCAAAGAGGUGUGUUAAAUAUGCAUAUGCAGAAGUGUUUUGCUGUGAAGUCAAACAUUAAUGGACUCUUAGAUGUUGCUCGUCGGGCUUAUUCAGAAUCUGUGAAUGAUAUUAUGGAAAUCACAAAACAGUUGGAAAAGCAGUACAACAUUAAACUGCAUGUUGGUUUUAAUUCUACUCGAGGUUUUUUUCUUCAGAUCGUAAGCAAACUCAACAUAGCAGAGGAAGAUUUGCCACCUGUGUUUGUAAAAGUCAAUAAAUAUAAAAGUACUAUAACCUGUACUACUGAAGAUCUGAUAAAACUAAAUGAUCGUGUCAGAGAGUCGUUACAGGAAAUUUAUUUAAUGAGUGAUAUAAUAAUUGAAGAGGUUUUGGGUGAAGUUCGAGAACAUGUCACUUGCUUAUAUAGCUUAACUGAAGCAGUUUCAUCAAUAGACUUCCUUCUUUCUCUUGCUCAUGUGUGUACGCUUUCUGAUCAUGUUUCUCCUGAAUUUUCCGAUACUUUUGCUGUCAAAAAUGGCAGGCAUCCAGUAGUAGAGAAGAUUGGUGGAACCACUUUUAUUCCAAAUGAUACAUUCUUUUGUGAGGAGAAAAAUUUUAUGAUAUUGACUGGUGCAAACAUGAGUGGAAAAACAACUUACUUGAAGCAAAUUGCAAUACUGCAAAUCAUGGCUCAAAUGGGUUCUUAUGUACCUGCCGAGUUUGCCUCUUUCCGCCUCACAGAUCAAAUCUUAUCUCGAAUGGGAAGUAAUGAUGACAUUGAAAAAAAUUGUUCUUCUCUAAUGGUGCAGAUGAAGGAAGCAAAUUAUAUUGUUCAGCAAGCCACAGAUAAAUCAUUGAUCAUUAUAGAUGAACUCGGAAGAGGUACAAAUAUAGAAGAAGGAUGUGGCUUAGCAUAUGCUAUAUGUGAAGCACUUUUGGAAACAAAGGCUUUCACUUUAUGUGCUACACAUUUUUCAGAACUUGUCCAGCUAUUUUCAGUUUAUCCAAAUGCUCAAAAUUACCAUUUCAAAGUAAAUUAUGACAUAAAUGAAAAUGAUGGUUAUCUCUGUAGCUUUACAUACAGUUUAACUCAAGGACCUUGUAAAGAAAAAUACUAUGGCAUUAAAAUGGCAGAAUUUUCGAAAAUUCCCUCAACAGUAAUUUCAGAUGCUAAACAGUUGAUUGAUGAAACAUCUGCAGAUGAUGAAAAUGCUGAGAAAAUAGAUCAAAAUGAUUCUACAAAACAAGAUGAAAUAAAUCUUGCAAUUCAUCUCAUACAAGUAACCCAGGACUCUCUAUUGGAAGAACAGCAGUUAAGAUGUCACUUAAAAACUUUAAAAUCUCAAAUUUGUGAACAAAAUUAAUGCUUAGCAACUUCUAGUUUAACUGAACAUUCAUGAUGUUCCAUAUUUUGCUCAUGCUUGUGUAAAACACUGUUUUCUAAGCAUAAUGUUGCUGUCAUUCUGUUAAAUUUUAUUGUUAAACAUGUCUGAUGUUUG